AUGGGGAUUUCCCACCAGGACACAAGUGACGAGGAGCGGGACUUUACACGCGGUCAAGACAGUGGAGGAAGGACGCAAGAUCCUACAGGAAUGGGACAUACCUAUCCCGGCCCCAAAAUCACCAUCUGCACCAUACACCAAGAGACUGUCCCCGGAAUGGCAAAAGGUCCGGUAAAAACCACGAACUCUCAUAAGACCGUGUAUAACCACCGUCGCAUGGG